AUUCCUUUUUGCCAACUCUUCAUCUACUUUGCAUUGGAAAUUAUUUGAGCACUGUGUGAAUCUAGACACACUUUCAAGCUAUUCGUGGGCAAGAGCUGUUUCAGCCUACAUGAAUGAAUCCUUGACCGCAAAAGCAAAAGCAAAAGCAAAAGCAAAGAAGGGAGGAGAAGCCUCUAUAGGAGCUGUUUCGGGUUGCACUAUCCUAAUAUUGUUUCUACUGUGUGAGAGGACAAACAUCAUACAACCAAUCCUUGGCAAGGAGAAAGAAACUCCUGCCAUUCUUAAAUGGAGUCUUGUGGAACUCCACACAAGAUUCAACCAAAUAAAGGACUUGAAUGACAUCGAGGGUAUUUUCAAAACUCCUAAAAAGCGAAAAACUACCAGGGAAGAGGAAGACACUGUUGAGAAGGGUAUUUUGAAAACAUAUAAAAAGAGAAAAACUACCGGAGAAGAGGGAGACCCUCUUGACAAGGUAUAAGAAUCUCUAAACAGUGAAUUAUGCAUUUCGGUUUUCGUUUCCUCCAAUGCAAUGCAGUUUCUAAUUAGUUUCUGUUCAAUAUGCAGGAAAAAGAAAAAGAAGAUGAUGAGGGACAACAAGGAGAAGAAGA